AUGCUAUCUUUCAGGACAACUGGAUAUAAUGGAUAUGGAGUCAGGUACUCGCCGUUUUAUGACAACAAGGUUGCUGUUGCUACGAGUGCAAAUUACGGGCUGGUAGGCAACGGACGACUUUAUUUGCUGAGCAUCAACGAUGAUGGAUCCAUAACACAAGACAACAUAUUCGACACCCAGGACGGUCUUUUCAGUGUGGCAUGGUCCGAAUCACACGAGAACCAGGUUUUGACAUCUUCGGGUGAUGGGUCUAUUUCGCUGUUUGACAUAACACUUUCCAAGUUCCCCGUGAUGAACUUCAAGGCCCAUCAGCGAGAGGUGUUCUCGGUGAAUUGGAAUCUGGUUGAAAAACACAGCUUUUGCUCGGCAUCUUGGGAUGGAACCGUGAGGGUGUGGUCUCCCAUGAAUUCAGACCCAUUGCUCACGUUGACGUCUGCUAAAGACCAUUCUGUCAUUGCGUCUGCUCCUGGCUCGAAGAUGGCUCCUCCUCUUUCUGCCAAGCCUUCUCUCGAGAAUACCACAAAUGAUUGUGUGUAUAACGCCGUGUUUUCGCCUCACGAUGCAAACGUGAUAAUAUCAUGCAAUUCGGCGUCGCAUCUUCAGAUAUGGGAUAUUCGGUCUCCCCAACCUUUGCAGAUGGACUUCAUAGCGCAUGGGGGACUCGAGACACUGAGUUGUGAUUUCAACAAGUACAGAACUUCGGUCAUAGCAACCGCCAGUGUUGAUAAGACCAUCAAGGUUUGGGAUCUGAGAACAAUUUCUGGGGUGGCUCAUGCCGGCUCGCCUCUUCAGCCGCACCAUAACGUUGGACCCACUCCUCUCAACAGAUUCAUAGGGCACGAUUUCGCAAUCAGGAACAUCGCAUGGUCGCCCCACUCCGGUGACAAGCUUUUAUCGUGUUCGUAUGAUAUGACAUGUCGUGUUUGGAACGACCAAACCGACGAUAAGGCAAGGUUCCUGAACAAAACGAAUCAUGGGCAGGCAUGUGUGAAUGUGUUUGGUAGGCAUCGUGAGUUUGUGGUUGGGUGUGACUGGAGUUUGUGGGGUGAGCCUGGUUGGGUGGCCAGUACGGGCUGGGACGAGAUGGUUUAUAUAUGGGAUGCAAAGAGGAAGUAUUGA